CUGUGAGAGGGGACGGGGAAAGGCAGGGACUCCGGGAGGGGGGCGAAGCAGGGGCCGGCGAAAGCCGGUGCCUGGGCAGCGCCGCGGGAAGAGGCCUCAAGCCGCGUGAGCGUAUGUAGUGUGCGAGAAGUGAGGAGGGAGCUCAGGCGCGACACCUCCAUCACCAUGUCCUCCUCCUCCUCUUCACUCCUCCUGUGAGACUCUCCUCCUUCUCUGUCUUUAUGUUACCCAGAGAUCCCCCCCUCUCCGCAUGUUUAGCGCGAAGAGCCGUGUCUUCAGUGCUGCUGAGAGGCUAAAUGCGCAAGGUAACUUAAUUGUACCGUUUGGAACUCUCCUGGCUGAACAUGGUUGCUAAUUCCGGAUGUCUGAGAUAGCUGAGAACAAAGGUGAAAAUGCUUUUCUACAGGAUAGUUGACAUUUCAAGUGUGCUAAGGUGAUUCAUGGCAGGGGACGUGGAAGGAUUUAGCUCCUCCAUCCAUGACACCAGCGUCUCUGCUGGGUUCAGAACAUUGUAUGAGGAGGGAUUGCUUCUUGACGUCACUCUUGUUAUUGAAGAUCACCAGUUUCAGGCGCAUAAAGCACUCCUUGCCACCCAAAGUGAUUACUUCAGGAUUAUGUUCACUGCUGAUAUGAGGGAGCGAGAUCAGGACAAAAUCCACUUGAAAGGUCUGACUGCCACAGGCUUCAGUCACGUUCUUCAAUUCAUGUACUAUGGAACCAUUGAACUGAGUAUGACCACUGUUCAUGAGAUCCUGCAGGCUGCUAUGUAUGUCCAGCUUAUUGAGGUGGUGAAAUUCUGCUGCUCUUUUCUUUUAGCAAAAAUCUGCUUGGAAAACUGCGCAGAAAUUAUGAGACUCUUAGAUGAUUUUGGUGUAAACAUCGAGGGAGUCAGAGAAAAGCUGGAUUCCUUCUUACUAGAAAAUUUUGUGCCUCUCAUGGCCAGACCUGACUUCUUGUCCUAUCUGAGCUUUGAAAAGCUUAUGACUUACUUGGAUAAUGAUCAUCUGAGCAGGUUCCCAGAAAUAGAGCUCUACGAGGCUGUUCAGGCUUGGCUGCGGCAUGAUAGAAGACGCUGGAGACAUACCGACACCAUCAUUCAGAACAUCAGGUUUUGUUUGAUGACACCAUCCAGUGUUUUUGAAAAGGUGAAAACAUCGGAAUUUUAUCGUUACUCCCGGCAGUUACGGCAUGAGGUGGAUCAAGCUAUGAAUUACUUCCAUAGUGUACACCAGCAGCCCUUGAUGGAAAUGAAAUCAAAUCGCAUUCGUUCUGCCAAACCCCAGACUGCAGUAUUUAGAGGAAUGAUAGGACACAGCAUGGUAAAUAGUAAAAUUCUUCUCCUACACAAGCCAAGGGUCUGGUGGGAGCUAGAAGGCCCACAAGUACCUUUACGACCAGACUGCCUUGCUAUUGUUAAUAACUUUGUAUUCUUAUUGGGUGGGGAAGAGUUGGGACCAGAUGGUGAAUUUCAUGCCUCCUCCAAAGUGUUCAGAUAUGAUCCAAGACAAAAUUCUUGGUUGCGAAUGGCAGAUAUGUCUGUACCACGGUCAGAAUUUGCGGUUGGUGUUAUUGGAAGGUACAUUUAUGCAGUGGCAGGGAGGACAAGAGAUGAAACGUUUUAUUCAACUGAACGAUAUGAUAUCACAGACGAUAAAUGGGAAUUUGUGGACCCCUACCCAGUCAAUAAAUAUGGUCAUGAAGGAACUGUUCUUGGUAACAAGUUGUAUAUCACUGGUGGAAUAACAUCAUCAUCCACAUCAAAGCAGGUAUGUGUGUUUGACCCCAGUAAAGAAGGGACUGUGGAGCAGCGAACAAGGAGGACUCAAGUGGUCACUAAUUGUUGGGAAAACAAAUGCAAAAUGAAUUAUGCAAGAUGCUUUCACAAGAUGAUUUCUUACAAUGGGAAGCUUUAUGUUUUUGGAGGUGUCUGUGUCAUCCUUAGGGCCUCUUUUGAGUCUCAGGGGUGCCCUUCCACUGAAGUUUAUGAUCCAGAUACUGAUCAGUGGACUAUUUUGGCUUCCAUGCCAAUUGGUAGAAGUGGUCACGGUGUGGCUGUGUUGGACAAACAGAUAAUGGUUCUUGGGGGCCUUUGUUAUAAUGGUCACUACAGUGAUUCAAUCCUCACUUUUGAUCCUGAAGAUAAUAAAUGGAAAGAAGAUGAAUACCCAAGAAUGCCCUGCAAACUGGAUGGUUUACAAGUUUGUAGCCUACAUUUUCCUGAGUAUGUACUGGAACAUGUGAGACGUUGCAGCUAGAACAAAAGACCCAAAAAUCUAUUUGUAGGGAGGGAGUGGGGAAAGGGAAAGCAGAUUGAAACUCACUAAAGACAUAAUCCUGUGUAAUACACCUCUUAAAUUAAUAAAGGAAGAAAAGAAUAUACAGGGAAUGCAUCAACCAAGUUUAUUAGGAAUGCAAA